GAAAAUCAGCCGCCAUGCACAGCGCCAGAGACACUGCAUCGAUGGGCACCGAAACACUGCGCGACGGACAGCUUACUGCCAUCAACCACAACCUCUCUCAUAGAAAUGUCUGGAGACGAGCUCGGCACUCUCAUUAUCGUUGUUCUCAAAGCCCGAAACUUGAUAGAUAAACACUCUUUUUACAAGCAAGACGUUUAUUCUCAGCUGAUCAUCAACGGAACGACAAAGAAAACGGAGGUCGAUGUCAAAGGGGGCCAGCAUCCUGUUUGGGAUGCUGAAAUCAGAUUCCCGGUUAUGAAGGGUACUGCCGACAAAUAUCGGAAGCUAGAAUUGUCCUGCUGGUCGAAAGAGCCCAGAACAGAUGAACUACUUGGGCAAGCGAAGAUUGACAUAUCAGAGACGUUGAAGACGGGCGAGUUUGACGACUGGGUUUUGUUGGACAUUGACGGCGUCCAGCGAGGCGAAGUGUAUCUGGAGAUCACUUAUUACUCCAAUGCUCCUCCGCCACAGACAGCUCCUGUAAAAGGUCCGACGCGAACACCAGUGGCAGCUACCCUCGCACCUUCGGGAGGCGGUCCGCUGAACAGAAGGCCGUCGAAAUUUCCUGCCGCUGAUAGACUUGCACGACCAGCUUCCUACUACCAAGUUCCAGCCGCUUUGAAGCCAUCGGUUCCGGGAAACAGGGUCAGUCCUCGCAGGGAUCAGAACUUACCCACACUUUCUGCGGAAUCGCGCUCGUCUUCCCAUUCGCCCAAAGGCCGCGAUGCUGCACUUCCGCCCCUGCCUGAAGAGAAGGUCGGACGUCAUUCGAGAAUACCUUCUCAACCCCAGAUAGUCCCGUCUUCGCUCCGUCCUGGAAAUGGCUCAGCCCCCAACUCACGUCCAACAUCUGACCAUUUACAUCCUUCAUCACUUCCGCCAACACAUACAAACUUUGGAUACGUAGCUCCCACUGCUAAUUCGUAUGGAAGCAUCACACGGCCGCCAAGCUCGCUCCCAGCAGCCGACCAGUUUCAUCCUACCUCACCUCCGCCAUCUGUAUACCCACCUUCUACUCCUGCUCCUUAUGGAAAUACCCUAGAUGCCGCUUCUCAUCACCCUCCUACGGGCCCGUAUUCCGGCUCGUCCCUGCAUGUCCCACCCAAUCUCCCAGCGCCUCCUAAGCAACUCAAUCCCUUGUGGUCCGAUUCCGAGGCACCCACGGGCCCGGUCUCAUUUCCUUUGCCGAAUGUCGGACCGCCUGCGCCUCCUUCACCUCAGACACCGGCAAACUACGAGUACAAUUCUCACCCUACCUAUCCCGGCGCGCACAACGGAUACCUUCAGGCACAGCCGACCUAUCGUCCUCAGUCAGCAAACGAGCGCAGUGGUCUUCCUGAUCCGUAUCUGAUCGCUCGCUACCAAUCACCCCUUCCUCUUCCACCAGAUGCUCAAAACUCGAAGCCCACGCCUUCACCGCCUUCUCCCACACCUGCCCGAUCAUCGCUUCCAUCUCCAACGCCCGGUCCUGAUUCAUCUCGUCUUCAGGCACUGAGAGCUGCAGAGGCAGAGGCAGCUCGGCGGAAAGAACAGGAAGAGAAGGAUUUGGAACUGGCAAGGCAACUCGAUUUGGAACUGAAUCUUGCGCCCUAGAGGAGGACGGAGAUACAUGGAAGUUGAAAGCCAGCGUUGUACUUUAUCUUAAUUUUAUAGCCAUAUCUAAGCCCCCGCCGAUCUUGCAG